AUGGUCGGCCAACGCGGCCCCGUUCCCGUCCCGCAUCGCGACGGCGACCGCGAUGUCACGCAGCAAAUCCUCGACCUGCUGGACCAGAAGCCCACGCUCCGCUCGUCGGAAGACCUCGCCGACGUCUCCCAGGUCGAGAUCAAGGCCGCCCUCGACAGAUUGGCCUCGCGGUCUAUGGUCACGUAUGAGACGGCCGACUCGGAGCUGGUCGUCCUGACCAAGGAAGGCCAGGCCAUAAGCGACGAGGGCAGCCACGAGUUCAAGGUGUGGGAGGCGGUCAAGCAGGCGGGCAAGGUUGCGAUCAAGGAGCUCCCGGGCCUGGUCAAGAACGCCGACGUCAAGGUCGGCCAGGGCAAUGCUUUCCGGAACAAGUGGAUCAAGAAGGACGGCGACUCGCUCAUCCCGCUGGCCGACGAGGUGCAGGACACCACCCGCGCUGAGCUGCAGAAGAUUGGCGAGACCAAGCGCGUCGAGGCCCCCAAGGCGCUGGCCGAUCUGAAGAAGCGCAAGCUCGUCACCACGACCAAGGUCUUCUCCUACACGGUGCAAAAGGGCGACAAGUACGCCAAGGUCAUGCCCGUCGAGGUGACGGACCUGACGGCCGACAUGCUGGCCGACGGCUCGUGGGAGUCGGCCAACUUCAAGCCGUACAACUUCAACGCGCUGGGCGCGCCCCAGAACGCCGGCGCGCUACACCCGCUGAACAAGGUCCGCGCCGAGUUCCGCAACAUCUUCUUCAACCAGGGCUUCGUCGAGAUGCCGACUGCGCGCUUCGUCGACUCGGGCUUCUGGAACUUCGACGCCCUCUUCGUCCCGCAACAGCACCCCGCCCGCGACAUGCAAGACACCUUCUUCAUCUCGGACCCGGCAGCGGCGGACCCGCCGCGUGACGACCCCAUUGCCGAGCAAGCCAUGAAGGAGAUGGAAGAGGGCGCGCGCCGGCUGUACUCGAACCCCGAGGCAGAGAAGCAGAUCAAGCCGCGCGACUACGAGAAGUACUUCCAAAACAUCAUCGAUGUGCACCAAGACGGAGCCUUUGGGUCGAUCGGGUACCGGUACCCAUGGUCGAAGGAGGAGUGCCUGCGGUUGGUGCUGCGCACGCACACGACGGCCGUGUCGACAUGGGUGCUGCACCGCCUGGCGGAAGACCCGCGGCCCGCGCGCUACUUCAGUAUCGACCGCGUCUUCCGUAACGAGACGGUCGACGCGACGCACUUGGCCGAGUUCCACCAGAUCGAGGGCGUCAUUGCCGACUUUGGCCUCACGCUGGGCGGCCUGCAGAAGUUCCUCGAGACCUUCUUCGCCCACAUUGGCAUCACGAACCUGCGCUUCAAGCCCGCGUACAACCCCUACACGGAGCCGUCGAUGGAGAUCUUCGGCUACCACACCGGUCUGGCCAAGUGGGUCGAGAUUGGCAACUCGGGCAUGUUCCGCCCGGAGAUGCUGCUGCCCAUGGGCCUGCCGGCCGACCUGCGCGUCUAUGGCUUUGGUCUGUCCCUCGAGCGCCCCACGAUGAUCAAGUAUGGCGUGAGCAAUAUUCGUGACCUGCUGGGCCACAAGGUCGACCUCAACUUCAUCGAGAGCAAUGCCGCGGUUCGUCUGGACAAGAACUAA